CAUAGCGUAAUGUGGCAGCAGUGGACCACACAGCUGCAUGAAACAGAAGGAGCAGCAGGACACUUUCUCAGUUUUGCAAAGCGGUCGCGGGAAGUGCACCGGCACUCUGCGGUUACUGAGUGUCACCCUGCACAAAGUCAUCAUCACUUUUCAUCACUCUCUCAGUAUGGAGAGGAGUUCUGGGAGAAACUCCUUAGAAAUCCGAGGGACCUCUCAGUCGAUACGCUGCCGUCUCCGGCUCAGCUGAUGGGCAGAAGGAAGAAGGGAGGAGGACGAAUGCACAGAGGAGACGCAGCGGCUGCAUUCACACAGCACAUCGGAGACCUGAGAAAGAAACAGAGCGCCAUAGAGGAGAUGAAGAAGGAGAGGUGGUGGGACCCCUCUCCGAGUUACCCUCCAGAGAGCAGCUGCUCUUUUGAGGUGGAGAAUCAGACUUUUCCUGAGACUCUGUGGAGUUUGGACCCAUGUGACCCGAAUCCAACACACCUAAACACCGGCACCGUUACCCCACAGAUGUUUGGUGGCUAUGAGGAGGUAAUAGAUCUCGCUCCUGGUGGAAACCCCAUGAUGUCGUUUGUGGUGACAGGAACAGCACAUAGAGAGGCUCCGAUCACCUGGGACACGACGUAUGUUGCCACGGCCUUUCUGGACACAUCCUGUCUGGACACACCCUGUCUGGACACGCCCUGUCUGGACAUGCCCUGUCUGGACACGCCCUGUCUGGACAUGCCCUGUCUGGACACGCCCUGUCUGGACACGCCCUGUCUGCACACGCAUUACAAAGACAUGCCGUGUACAUCUCAGGCCGAAUUUUGUGGUUUCCCUUCGUUGAUCUAAGAUUAUAAUGUUGUUGUUUUUUUUAUUAUAUUAAUGAGUGCAUUUUAGGUUCCUGUUUUCUUCAGACGUUCAGCUUGUUUUUAUUUUUAGUUACGCGUUUACCAUCUGAUGUUUCCUCAUAUAUAAUAAUAAUCAUUAGUGCUUCCUGUUUGUUUUAUUCUUCUGGUUUGUGUUUAUAGACGAGGUUCCGAGUGUGUAUUA